UCCAACAAACACACCACAUUAUGCAAACAUUCCUACUUCUGAUGUAAAAAGCUGAAAUAGUGAUGAUACAAAGCUCAGUUUUGUUGGGGAACUUGACAACACAGAGGCCUUGUACAAGUUUACUCAGCCCAUCUAACCAUCUGCUUCCUUUGUUUGUUAAUUCAUUUAUAAACCAUUGAAAUAAGUCAGGCUUUCAUAGAACUUGCCUAGCUCUACUCAGUGGAUUGCCCUUGCUCUAGAUAGUUCAACAUACUUUACCGCAGGAUAUACAACGGUAAAAUGACCAAUGACAAGAGGCCGAGAGAGCAAAAUGUAUAGGUCGGUAAUCAAACAGCACCUGAGAACCAUGGAUAGCUCAGGGGUGCUGCGCGGGCUGCUGUGCAUCGGCCUCCUGUCAGUGAUGUGCCGCGGACAGGCGUCAAAAGAAGUUUCAUCCGAGGAAUCUGACGCUCAGACAUUUGACGCGGCCAACGAGAAAGAACUUAUGGAUGUGAUGGAGACUCUUCUGGGGAAGAUGAACCACCGUUUUCCAUCCACCGACAAGCGAGGCAGCAUCCCAAUUUGUGGGAUGCGUGACAGGUGUGCUAUGAGACAGGGUCCUCGUAUUGGGAAGCUGUGUGAUUGCGGCAGAGGCGGCAACUGCAACUCCUUCCUCCUUAAAUGCAUCUAGGCUCCAGGCAGGAUGGCUGCCUCACUGUGUGACCACCACAGGCACCAGUCCUGACUCCACUACCAGUACACACAGGGAGACAUUCUCUAACAACCCCCACUGUGUCCAUAACAUGCUAUGCAGCAACCACAAGCUGCUAUGCAGCAUUACAUGACUUGGGUUCAGUCUAUCUGGUUAAUUUAUUACCCCAUUAUUUUAAAUGUUGUGUCUGCAUGAAUUAAAUUGCAUUGAAAAUGCAUGUCAGAUUGUGAAAUAAAGUGAUGUUUCCCUUUA